AUGACGCUCCUGCCGCGCGAGGGCCGGGGCGCGCCGGCAUAUGCCAGGACGAGCGACCCCGGCGCCGCCGCUCCGCCGGCGGCGGCCCUGUCCGGGCUGGGCGCCGGGGACCCGCGCGCUCGGUUGGGGAAGGGAGGCCUCGCGGCCCGGCUGGGCGGGUCCGCGGACCAGAUGCUGCUCCCGGAGGAGGUCGACCUGCCCCUCGGCGGGGAGGACCUCCUCAGCGGCUACCGGGGAGCCCAGCCCGAGCGGCACGUGCAGCUCUUCCGGCAGCUGCAGUCCAAGUGGCAGUGCUACGACGCCUAUUGCCGCGUCUGCAUGGGCUUGGGCGUCAACCAGAUACUGCAAGGCCUGAGCUAUUACUGCAUCUGCCACACGCUGGUGGAGAACCACUCCCCGACGACGGGCUACGCGCUGGUCGCCCUCUUCCAGUGCACCACGGUGGCCAUUGCGGUGCUGGACCUGGCGGGGCUGAAGCGCCACGAGAUCGUCGCCGUGCAGGUGGUGGGCGUGCUGCCGUGCGCCCUCUCCGCGUGGGGCGUGGCGCACGGCCAGCGGGACGCCAAGGGCGUGCUCGACCCGGAGCAGGACUACAUGCUGUCGCCCCUGAGCUUCCUGUGCCAGGUCCUGUGGCUCGAGCUGUGGCUGCGCGUGGCGGCGCCCAGCGGCGUGGACGAGGCCAAGCUGCCGCGGCGCUUCCGCCAGGUGCUGUUCCUGGAUGUCUUCGGCGACGCCGUCGGUUGGGACCCGACUCAGGCCGAGGACGAGAAGUUCGCCGACAAGGUCGCCGAUGGGUCCGGCGCCUUCUCCUGGGACAACGUCCAGGGCUCCCUGGACGGCGGGGAGGAGGACGACGAUGACCUGGACGCGGCCCAGGAGGCGGUGGCGGCGGCCGUGGAGCAGGCGUCGCGGCAGCUGACGCUGGCGCAGUGCGCGAUGCGGCGAUGGAAGGCAGUGCCCGACUGGUGCCUCUCGACCAGCCAGCGCCAGGAGCUGGACGCGAUCGCGAAGCAGCUGGACAACUGGGGGAACUCCAUCCGGCUCGAGGUGCAGCGGCACAACGCGAAGCUCGGGCACGCCGCGACCCGCUGCGCUGAGGCGGCCUCGUUGCAGCGGUGGCGCGACCUCAGCGCCGAGGAGAAGUCGGCCGACCCCUUCGCGAAGUGCCUGCUGGGCCCCUUCCAGCACGACACGGGCCACGACAUCUCGCACUUCCACUACGAGGUCGAGAGCCAGCAGACGUUCUUCGGCGGCGACGUCUCCAGGAAGUGCCCAGGCGCCCUGGUGCUCGCGCUGGAGGCCGUGCGCGCCAUGGUCGUGGACGGCCGCCGCGCCGCCCGCCCGCCCAAGACGCGCGGCCUCUCCAUCGACCCAGAGCGCGCCCUGGAGCGCGCCCUGGGGCAGACUGACCGGAGCUCGGCGAAGGCGGGCCAGUCGAGCGACGCGUGGCGCUCCCGGGCCGAGGCGGCCGCCCGGCAGGCCCAGGCCAACGAUUGGUUCGGCGGCGCGGUGGCUGUGGCCGAGGAGGCCGCCAGGGAGGCCCGCGAGCAGUUGGAGAGGGCCCAGCAGGAGCUGGACACCAAUAUGACCCUGCGCCAGAUCGAGGCGGUGGACUCCCACGCACAGGCCGAGGCCCACAGCGAGUUCGCCAGGCAGGAGAAGCUGCAGGGCGUCCUCAGCUCCAUGAGCCACGAGUUCGACGCCACCGUGAGGGAGGUCGCCCAUCGAGUGAAGAGCGACCAGGAAACCGAAAGGCGGAAGCUGGCGGCGUACGACAAGUUCAUGAAGAAGAUGGAGAGGAUGGAGGAGACCGACAGCGAGAAGGCGGCCCGGGAACUCGCCAAGGAACAGCAUCGGGAGCUCACCCUUGAGCGGAUGGCGAUGAAGGACUUCCAGAAGGAGGAGAAGAUCGAGGCCAAGGAGAUGGCCCAGAUGAAAAAGGAGCUCCAGAAGGCGGAGGUCCACGAGAAGGUGAUCAAGAAACACCGCGCAGAGAAGGAGGGCGAGAUCUCGGCAAGGCUCUGGGACGAGGCGGAGGACCUUCGCGUGAAUGCCAGCAACCUGUCCAACGGAACCCUGUCGCAGGAUGAGGUGCUGAGCUUGCUGGACAUAUCGGCGGAUGAGCUGAAUAACAUGACAGAUACCAUCUCCAACCUCUCUGGCGAUACGGGCGCCUGGUUCGAGGAGCGUUUAAGGGGCAUCCGGUACAGGUCCACCACCGCCUCGGCGCACUUGCUGCAGGCGAUCACCGCGAACGUGCAGGAGCUUAGGAGCCACCACCAGGACCUCACCGACGCCCAGCUGCAGCACCAGAUCGUGAGGCUCCUGAACGAGACCAGGAACGAGGUCAAGCUCCUGCAGCUGGAGAGCACCGCGAUCCACAGGCGGAUCGACGGCUGGGGGCGGGCGAGCCCCGAGAAGCUCAGCGUGGCGCUGGCCGGGGCGCUGGACGGGGUCACCAACAACGUCGAGUUCCAGAACCACCUCUUCGAGGUGGACCUAGGCCGCCUGUCGCACGCCAGCCAGACCGAGGCAUGCAGGAUGCUCAGCGCGCUGUUCAUGGAGGACAUGCAGCCGGCCUACAGGAGCAUCUGGCGCAUGCGGGAGAAGCUCGACCUGCUGACCAGGGUGGUGCCCAGCGCCCUGGCCGGCACGCCCGAGGGCAUGGACGUGGUGGCGGGCCGCACGCGCGACCUGCUGAACAUGGCCUACGCCCAGCACCUCGCCCUCGAGCAGGCCUCGAGAGCCGUCCUCGCCGAGGCGGGGCCCGUCAUCGUGGAUCGGCUGAAAUGCGUCUUCAGCGGCACGCCCCACGCCGCGCCGGGCCUCCUGGCGGCCGCGCUCGUCGCCGCGGCGGGCUGGCUGGCGGCGUGGUGA